AUGCGGGCUAGGAACAUCGGAGUGUCAGCAGCAGUUGGUGACAGCUCUGUGCUGAUUUGCCCUAACAAAUCGGAUGUAAUUAUGGUAACCUGGAAAAUAAACCCCAAGACCGGAGGCCACUGCACCUUGGGAUACAGGGCUGAUCUGAACCAGACAAACAGAACAAACUGCACUGAGAACACGAGCUGGAAAUCAAGACCAGAUCAUGACCCUACCCUUCAGAUACAGCCAGUGGGAAGGGCCAGUGAGGGAAAUUACACCUGUGAGAUGGCCGCAAGGGAAGGGAAUUUCCACCUGACCUACCACUUGACUGUGUUAGUCCCCCCCAAGCUGACUGCGUACUGUGACAGCCGUGGGAACCCUGUGUGCAAGGCAGUGGCGGGGAAGCCAGCUGCUCAGAUCCGGUGGGUGCCAGAGAGCAACUCCAGCCCUGAUUGGGAAGACCACGGUGACGGGACAGUGACUGUUCUCAGCACAUUCACAGGAAAUGGCACCGAUGUGAAUAGCACAACCUGCUUUGUGUUCCACCCAGCUAUGAGGCACAACAAGUCAAUAGCCUGCCUCCCAAAGAACUUUACUCCAUAUACCGCCAUCAUUCCUGGUUUCCUCGGCACUGUCAUCUUCAUCGCUCUCAUUUACUGGUUUAAGUUCCGUGGUGACAGACUGUGCCACAAAAGCAAACCUCCUGAGACCACUCCUACACAAUCCUCACAGGAUGACUCCAUGGAGGUGGAACCUUAUACUACUUAUGUGCAGAAAGAAAAUGUAAUAUACAGCUCAGUGGAGGUAAAUCUGACAGUGCAGCAGAAUCUUCCACGAGGACUAUUACCAGUCACAUGAAUGAUUCAACAACACUGGAAAGGAGGAGAGACAUUUUACAGAAGACUGGCCACAGGAAGCAUCUUCUCAGAGGAUUUCUUCAGAAUUUGAAGCAAAAUAGACCACCAGAUCUCUUCAAAUACCUGUGCUUGCUGAUAAGUCUGUACUUCAUUUUUUUUUCACUCCUGUUUUGCACCACUUAAAAUGAUGCUGGGAAAAUCUGACUGACCUCAUGCCAUAGCUUUUACUGGCAAAUCUCCUGUGACCAGUCUUGUCUUUGGCAUUUUUACCUCAGGAAUCCUACUUUUGUCAGUUACUUCCAGGCAUUACUUUGAUACACUUGACACUAUAUUGCACAUAUUUGGGAGACAGGAGUGUUAAGUCUGAGCUAAAAUGAAACACCCUCCAACCAAUAUCCACUUUGUUCUAAUUUAUAAGUUGCUAAUACAAUGGCUCUGAGUAUUAAUCAUCACAGAAUAGCUCAACUGGCAGAAGUUAUCAAUAGGGAAGACCUUUAAUCCCUUGGUUUUGAAAAUGGAAACAAGUGAUGAAUUUACAAGGUCAUUCACUAGAAAAGAGACUGACAUGUUGAAUUAACCUCUUCGGUUCAUGUUCAGUAUUUCCCCUAUAAGCCUUCAUUCCAUAUUUCACAUUAUCCCUAUGAUUACAUUUCCUUAAGUUUCUCCAAGGAGGGGUGUUACUUUCUGUUUUGGAGUAUUGGCAUUAGUAUACUGUAUAAUAAUUAUAUUAAUCAAAUCCAGUAAGCUAUUUCUAAGAGAAACUAACAGCAAAUAUUUCACAAAAAGAAAC